UUUGUCUAACACAUUACCAGAAGUUUGUAUCAUCUUGCGCUGAUCCUAAAACAGAGAUUCAGAGGGGCGUUCUGGUCCUUCAGCUGCAACCUGGGCUUCGAUUCAGACUCUUUCGCUACGACGACUAACCGCAACAGCAUGUCGUAUCAAGGUGCAACUCCGUCGCGGACGCCGCAGAAGGCGGAUCAACCGCCAGUCGGCGAACGAGAAUCGAACCGGGACCAGUUGGCAUUUAUGUUUAGUCCAGAUGCAAUUAAAGGGGGCAACGGAUUAGCAUGUCCCUACUUCAAGAUGCACCCGGAAAGAUAUGAGCAACAUAUCCAUUGUCACUCCGAAAGAGCAAAACCUUGGACGGUCAAUCAGAUGACCCAGCAUCUUUGGCGGUUCCACUCGUACGUGUCCCGCUGCCCCUACUGCGACAAAUGCUGGCCGAGAACUGCCCGGAAGAAGCUCGCCGAGGAGCGAGCAACACACAUCUCAAAUUGCUCAGAAAGGAGGCGGCUACUGGGCCAGUUACGGCCGAGGGGCGAGAACGAAGUCGACCUCAUGACCGAGGAGCAGCAAGAUGCUCUAGCUUCAGUCAAGAAGUUCCGAGGGAGUAAUGCAAUAAGGCUCCGAAAAAUAUAUAGCGCUAUAGGAUUCAGCUGUCUUCCGGAUACAUUCCGUAAGCUAUGAGUCUGCUUAUAGGUUUCUGGGCUGAGACUCGGUACUAAACACGAGCGCAGAUGUCCGCCCUCCUGAAUUUACUAGCAAUGCCAAAGACAACAUAAGUC